UCUUCUUAUUGCUCACUUCAAAGUAGAAAAAUUAAACUUCCUUUUCCACACUUCUUUGGCUAUGGCUGAUCUCCAAGUCAUAUCAAAAUUCGCGAUCAUCUUCUCCUUCAUCGCGUUCCAUGCAAUUCUAACUUCCGAGGGAAGGUUGAUAAAAUCAGCAUGGAAGGACGAACUCCGUGCAAUAAAUAAUGACCAAAUGCACGAACAAGCAUCACAAUUUCUCACUCCGAGUCAGUCUCCUACGAACGAUGAUCAUUCUGAUGCGGGGAAGGAGACGGUUUCUUCCCCAACGGCACGUGAUCAGGCGGCCGAUUUGGGUGAGUCAGAGGCAGUGUACAAGGAUGAUUUCCGCCCCACAACCCCUGGGAGCAGCCCUGGAGUGGGCCAUUCCUUCGUAGGCUCAAAGAAGGGAGGUGUUCAACUGUCAGCUCCGAGCGGCGAUGAGGAGAGGCUAACCGUUACGGAGGUACUAGGUGAUUUCCGACCCACUGGACCGGGUCACAGCCCUGGUGUCGGCCAUGUAUUUGAAAGCAAGUAUGAUGAACCAAAAGCCUAG